AUGGCUAAUGAGAAAGACUGGGAUCUCUCUGCCAUUUUCCGAUGUUGCCGAACUGCAAACUUUACUGCCACCACCGCCACCACAAAAACUCCGCCGAUAACCACCACCAUCGCCACUCAAGACACUAACUUUUGCAUGGCUGAUCAUUUAAUCCUCAGGCAAGAAGAGGAUGACUCAUUUUCUUUUCCCGUUCCUGAGCCACUUCCAACCAAUGGUUUCGAUGAACACCCAUUGUUAAUGAACUUCAAACCCACCACUAUCACCAACACUAACACUAGCGGUAAUAAUAUCAAAUCCUAUUCCACUUUUGGAGAACAGUGGAUGCAACAAGGAUAUCAUCCUGUGCCUGCUCCCACAAAUUACACCUCCAUUGGAGCCUCCACAAAUUAUCAACCUCAAUGGCAUGCGCAGCAACCCCAACCCCAACCCUCACAACAACAACACCAGCACAAUCAAGUACCUCAAAUCAGUCCUGUGAUUUUACAAAACAUACGACCACCAACACCCAUAUCAAGAAAAAGCCAUGCAAAAGUUAGUGUCUUGAGUGGCGGUGGUGGUGGUUAUCGGCAGAGUUUUUGUGGUGGCGGUGGUGGCAGUAAAGUUUGCAGUUCGGCAACAUCGGAAAAUGGCAGAGAGAUCCCAGUCUUUCUCAUUAGCCAUUUGAGAGAAUGA